AUGGCUAUGCAAAUGCAACUUGAAGCAAAUGCAGAUACUUCAGUUGAAGAAGAGAGCUUUGGUCCACAACCUAUUUCACGGUUAGAGCAAUGUGGCAUAAACGCCAAUGAUGUGAAGAAAUUGGAAGAAGCUGGAUUUCAUACUGUGGAGGCUGUUGCAUAUGCACCAAAGAAGGAGCUAAUAAAUAUUAAGGGAAUUAGUGAAGCCAAAGCUGAUAAAAUUCUGACUGAAGCUGCUAAAUUAGUUCCAAUGGGUUUUACCACUGCAACUGAAUUCCACCAAAGGCGGUCAGAAAUAAUACAGAUAACUACUGGCUCCAAAGAGCUUGACAAACUGCUUCAAGGAGGAAUUGAGACUGGCUCUAUCACUGAAAUGUUUGGAGAAUUCCGAACUGGGAAGACCCAGAUCUGUCAUACAUUGGCUGUAACAUGCCAGUCUUCUAGAUAUGGCCUUUCUGGCAGUGAUGUCCUGGAUAAUGUAGCAUAUGCUCGAGGCUUCAACACAGACCACCAGACCCAGCUUCUUUAUCAGGCAUCAGCCAUGAUGGUGGAGUCCAGGUAUGCACUGCUAAUUGUAGACAGUGCCACCGCCCUCUACAGAACAGACUAUUCCGGCCGAGGUGAGCUCUCAGCCAGGCAGAUGCACUUGGCCAGGUUUCUGCGGAUGCUUCUUCGACUUGCUGAUGAGUUUGGUGUUGCAGUGGUCAUCACCAAUCAGGUGGUAGCACAGGUGGAUGGAGCAGCCAUGUUUGCUGCAGAUCCUAAAAAACCUAUUGGAGGAAAUAUUAUUGCACAUGCCUCAACAACCAGACUGUAUUUGAGGAAAGGAAGAGGGGAAACCAGAAUCUGCAAAAUCUACGAUUCACCUUGUCUUCCUGAAGCUGAAGCUAUGUUUGCCAUCAAUGCAGAUGGAGUGGGAGAUGCCAAAGACUAA